CGUGCGUGCGUUCGUUCAUUCGUUCGUCGAACGCAGACGCUCUAAUGAGUUUCUUCCUCCGGCUUCAGAGCUGCUUUUCCGUGGCGUCCAAGUGGAGGCCUUAUAAGGAGGGUCCGGUGGACUUUUGAUGAGUCAGGGGAGCUCAGCUGACUGCAUUUGUUCUUCUGUCCAGGGAACGUUCCUUCGGUGACUCCAUUGUCCACCUUCAGAACCUCUCUUCAGAACCUCUCUUCAGAACCUCUCUGUGGUUUAUUUCUUCACUUGUUCUGUGCGGUUCCACUUUUCCACCAUGACUCAUUUGUCGGUUCUGCGCCUGUCGUCGAAGCCUCCGUUCUUUCUGGCGCUGAUGUUUUCUGAGAGGCCCAAUCCGAUGCUGAUGUUCUGAGACACCGUGUGCUUCGGGUUCCAGGAGACUCCGAACUUCUCUGAACUCACUGCUGUCCAACUGUUUUUUCUCGGACACAAACGGAAUCCGGUUCCGUCUUUUUCUCCUUCUUUUGUUGUGAGGUCCGAUCGGACGGACUGAACAGAUUCUGUUUGUCUGAACAUGUGGUCUACGUUUGUCGUGACGGACGAGGAGGGCCGCACCGUCGCCGGGCCGGGGCCGAUGGGCGGAGCCGCCCAGGGGGGGGGCGGGCUCACCGGCCUCAUGAGCGGACGCAGCACCUUCGGAGGAAACAAACGGCGCCGAACGACGUCAGCGGGACACGCCAUGAGUGAAGCCCAGGAGGGGAAGAUCAAGCUGGCGUUCUUUGUGGCUAUAGUGGGCGUGGUUUUGACGGUUCUGGGCGUGGGGACAGAGUUCUGGGUGGAGAUGGCCCCCCCGAAGCAUUUCUACAACAACCAGACCUGUCUGACCGCCCACCUGGGUCUGUGGAAGGGCUGCACCAAGACGCUGUGGGUGAGCGACAUCGACCCGGAGAGAGAGAGCUGUGGACCUGCUGAACUGCCUGGAGAUUCCAACUGUACCUACUUCAAGUUCUUCACCACUGGGGAAAACAUCGUCCUGUUUCAGAAGACGACACAGAAAAACCUGAACGUGGCGGCGGCCAUGUUGGCGCUCUUCAGCCUCUUCCUGAUGGUCAUGGGCGCCGUCUGCAUCACCAUGUCUCUGAGUAAAGAGAUCCUGUUCUUCCUGAAGCCGGCGUCCGUCUGCUUCAUCCUGUCAGGUGUGCUGGUCCUGCUGUCCCUGCUGGUCUUCCAUCAGUCCGUCCUGGCCUUCCUGUCCAGCGACCACAGCGUCCCCCUCCACCACGAGCUGUCCUGGUCCGUGUCCUGCGUGGGCUGCGCGGGCGCCGUCCUCAUCGUGGGCGGGGUCCUGUUCCUGCUGCUGGCGCUGCCCGUCAGUCCCUGGCGCCGCUGUCUCCCUCAGAAGGACGGCGCCAGCUAGUGGCCCGGAGGGGGCGUUGCACUUUACCCCCCCUCCGAUACUGAGUCGGGGGUGGGGCGGGUGGGGGGCGUGUCCUAAAGAUGACCCGGCAAACAGACGACUUCUGUGGAUUUGGACACAGACGGCGGCAAAUUAGAGUCUUAGCGAGGUGUGGGACCAUCCCUACCUGAUCAACGAAGACGUACGAAACCCAGGAGGACAGACAGGAAGUGGACGACAGGAAGUGGACAGCUGACAGGAGGUGGACGACAGGAAGUGGACGAAUGGAAAAGUGUGUUAACAUUUAAAGUGACAGAUGUUGGUAAAGGUCCUCAUGUGACCCCUGUGGUGUCCAGGUGAACAUAUCAAACACACUUCCUGUUAUUAAAGCUCACAUUAUUUUACAGUCCUUCAUUUGUGUUUGAUUGUUUACAUUCUGA